AUGUUGAAGAAACCCACAAACUUGUCGUUAUUGAGUUUGGGGGCUGGCAAGUCGUCUGGCUUCCGAAACCAAAGGGAUGCAGGUGAAACCAGCAGUCUUGCUCACAUGACCCAGAGGCAAAUGACGCGGUGCGCUGCCGCCCUCUCACCCCGCCAACAGGUGGGUCGACGGCUUUCCCAUGUUCCCAUGUUGCGUUUCACGUCAGAGAUGUCUGGUCUGACUGUUUUGCGUGCCUCGGUGCGGACGGCACACCCCUUCCAGCCUCAUUCUAAGGUUUGUCGACUGGGCCUGUCCGCCGCUGGAGAUGGGGGGAGGGUUCCAGGGGGAGAUGCUGGGCGAUGUCGUCCCAGCUGGGCAGGCUGGCCGGGGGUUCGCCAGAGGCCAGCCGUGCGGCCACCGGUGGUGCAGGCGGGCGGCAGCCAAUGGGAGCCUGCUGGUGGCUCAGGGCCGGUGGCUGAGGGCAAAAGGGCAGGGCGAGGACAGAGGGCAGUGGGCAGUGGGCCGCGAGGGCAGAGGCCAGUGCCAGUGCCAGUGCCAGUGGGCGUGAACAAGUUCGCACCGCCCAAACUGCUCGGCGGGUGCGGUGGACACAGACAGGACAGCCAGCACGCAGUCAUGGCCCAGUUAUGGCCCAGUUAUGGCCCAACAAUGACCGACGCAUUCACGCCGCCUCAACACUCGACCAUCGCCUGCUCGCCUGCCCGCCUCCCCACGAUCCCCCUCUCCCCCUCUCCCCCCUCCCCCCAAACACCAGGCGGCAGCGGCUCUGCCACGACCGGCUUCCCUCGUCCCCUCCCAAGCUGGUCACCACACGCUGCACAAGUCUCCGCAUCUGAGCCUGUCGCUCGCCCUCUGUGCUUGUGUGUCGCAGCAUACAAUUCGUGGCCCUCUCGCAAACACCACCCACGCCCGCCUCGACGACCCGUACCGGCGCCGCCAGUCGACUUUUUCUGCCUCUCCGCGCCGCUUUCUCCCAGGCAUAGGCGCAUCGCCGGCCUAGUCGCUCCUUCCCUCAGGCGCUUAGUCGAGGAUCUGGUAUUCUCGCUCCCAUUCACCAUCACCACUGCCACUACUGCCACGACUGCCGUCGCCGCUGGCUACCAGUCCCUUGCGACCUGCUCCAAAGUACCCUCCAUCUUACCUCCAGCUCCUCGUUGGCCUCGACGCGCGCGCUGCCCGCCUCCCGCGACCCAGACGACACCUCCAAGAUCCACUAUGGUGCAGACCAGCUCGCGAUCGUUUAUGCCCAUGCCCUCGUUCGGCGCUGUAUUCGGGGGAGAACACCACAACAAGGGCCAUGCAGACGGGAAUGGCGUUAAUCUAGUGCGCCCAGCAACAAGCCCAACCACAUCCUCGAGCGCGCCAUUCUCCUCGUUUCACAUUCACACCGAUAGCCGGGAAAGCAACUCGACAACAUCGUCCGACAACUCACCCACCACUACCAUCUCAACCAUGGACUCAUCAUCUGUGACUGACCCAUCGCCGGGCGUGUCGCCGGAGUCGCCGCUUGGAAGAACGCUCGCCCCUUCAUCAUGUGUUGCUGACUUCAGGUCAAGAAGGACAGAACAGCCGUCUGGAGACUCGAGUACAUUUUUCGAGCUACAGCGCCCAACAACGCCUGCGAAGAAACCGCGGAAUCUUAAGAACCUCGGCAUCAACACGGCGUCUUCUCUGAGCAACCUACGAGCGCACACCCCAGCACCCAUUGCGGUUGUACCAAAGGAGAAGAAUAGUUCGACGCCUCCGUCGCCGCUGUUCAUCAAACCGCCGACACCGCCCAAGCGAAGACCAUCCAAUCUGAGCCUGACGAUAUCGACACCCGGCAGCACAGACAACAAGCCAGUACGGCUCCUCAUACCUUCAACGCCAUCCUUCAACCGCCCGCCCCUUCGUCAUUUCCAGUCAUCUCCUUCCUUGCCGUUAUGUUCACCAAGUGUAAACCCGUUCGGUGGCAUGCAGUUGCCUCCGCGUCCUGUUGUGAACAAGCCAACUGGUCUUGCCGAAGUCCCCUUUGAAAUGGAAGAGGAGGAGGACCAAGAGCCAAACUUUGAUGUCCCCCAAUCACGCGAGGAAAAGCCAGCAGCAUACCCCAACGGUCCCAUCUGCAUAUACGAGGCUGGUGUAUAUCUCUACUUUGAGCCCACGGCUGUACAGGCCACAACUUUCGAUGUCAUUAUCAACGUUGCAAGUGAAGUCAAAAAUCCUUUCACAGCACCAUCGGGAGAAUCACAAAAGGAUAUCGAUGCCAGGCGCGUGGAUGGCCCACCAGCAGAGAAUAUUGACUUCGCUACCCUUUCGCAAAGACCAAAGCAAUCCUUUGGCAUGGGCGAUAGCUCUCCAACGACACCCAAAGCCACAGCACCAGUCAUGCAGACGAUACAGCCACGAGAGGUUGUCAUUGAGGGCAAGACAUACAAAACACCAGAGUACAUCCAUAUGCCCUGGGAGCAUAAUACCGAUAUCGUGCCCGACCUCCACAAACUCGUUAGAAUGAUUGAUGAACGGGUACAGCAAGGGAAACGCGUACUCAUUCAUUGUCAGUGUGGUGUCAGUCGUUCUGCUAGUCUGAUUGUCGCCUAUGGUUUGUACAAAGAUCCUCAAAUGAGCGUGCAAGAAGCAUACGACAAGGCGAAGAAGCGAAGCAAGUGGAUUGGACCCAACAUGAACCUUAUCAUGCAGCUUCAAGAAUUCCGCAACAGCUUGCUGAGGCAGAACGAGAGCCGCUCGUAUCACAAUCAAGGCUAUGGUCGACGAUCUGCUGGUCUUCCUUCAGGAUCGAACAAGUACUCUUCGUACGAUCGAGACGGUGGAUCAGGAUCACGUACUCCGCGCACAGCACCGCUUCCUCCUGACUGCGACAUGACCAUGCAACGUGCUAGCACUGGAAACAUGAUGGCAAUUUCUCCAGGUCCACUGUCUGCGCCCACUGGUGCUUUCUCCCCCGGUUUCCGCAGGUCAUGGGACUCUAGCCCAUUGCAUUUCGAGCUCACAUCCCAACCGGCCCCGACCACUACACCAUACGUCGAUCCCAAGGGCCAAGUCGUUCCUAUGGUCUCGGUGACCAGCAAUGAUGUGCCAACCAUACAUACUGAAGAUAUCUCCAGCAGCGAAGCAACACCGCAGUCACCAGAAGAUGUCCAACCCCCCUCAUUUCCCAACUUUUCUCGUCAACUUCGAUUACGACCCAACCUUGGCAUCGAAGAGGGCGCCUCAUCUAGAACCGAAGAAAGGCUUUUGGCUCCUAUACAACCAUCUAGCUUUGAGCCCUUGAGGUCCCCUGCUGUCGCAAGUUUCAACAUACCUACUUUCCCAUCUUACGAUACAGCAGACUCUGGAUUCAUGUCUCCAAUCAAAACAUCAUUUGACAACUCUUGGCCAGCAGGCUAUGAUCUGGACAACGAGGAACCUGAUUCUGCUCCACAGGGAAUGGAUGGCGUAACCCCAGGAAUUUCACCACGCAGCUCCAAGCUUGACAUGUCUAAAGCUAUGCAGGACGAUGUCAAUGAAUCUUACGGCCCCUUGUCAUCACACGGUACUUCAUUCCAUCUUGGUCACCCGGCACCUUCCCAGGAUCACUACGAAAAUGAUGACGCAAAAUCUCCAGAAAUCGCUUCGCCAGUGAAGACUCAAUUCUCCGAUGAUAUCUUUUCUAGCACCAAUGAUCGGUUGGAGGAAGAUUCAAAGUCACCACGUGCUACCGAAUUCCACAUGACUCCAUUGAAGCCCAGGUUAGGAGACGAGGAUCCCUUUGGCUUGACUUCACCAACUAGAGCGGAUUUCAAUCCUUUCGAUAGGCCGAGCAGUAUUGCCACCAUCAAAGCCCUUGAAUCGGAAGAUCGGAGACCCUCAUUCCAGGCCAUCCUACCACCUGCCCAUCAAACUUUCAAUGGCUUCGCAUCCCUGGAUGGCACAGCACAGACCAACAGCAUUUUCGAAUCACCGGCUCCGCUGAACAUUUCCGCAUCGAAGCAGUUCCAGUUGGCUGGACCUCGAGUAGACAGCCACAGCAAUUCACCGGCGAAACAAGUUCUGAACCGCGGCGGUGCGCAUACAACGACCCCAUUUGCGCAUCCUAAAGCACCGGCCACCCCUCGGACCCCGAGCGAAACCUUCCUUUCUACUCCCGGAAAGGCCAUUCGAACAAGGUUUUCAUCUCCAAACAUGAGCGAGCAACGGAAAUUACAAAAGCUGCAAACGGAGAUCCAAUCGAAACUGCCAAGGGCAGCGGUUCCUCGACAUGCUGCAGACGAUAUUGAUGCUCUCAUGUCACCCCGCGCAGAAGAAUUCACUAGGAACCCCUUCCGCUUUGAACUGCAAAGCCCUGGUGAAGACGCAAGCCCGGUUUCAUCAAAUGGGACGAUCAAGGAUGGCCGAAACGGCCAUACUGCAUGGGAGGACCCGAUGCCGCGGCACUGGACGCCUGAGAAGGCUACUGCUGAUCCUCGAAGUCCCGUACAGACCGGAGUCAGCCCAAUUGUCCGCAACAUUUGGGACGUGCUAUGA